AUGGCCCUUGCCAUCCGUCAAAACGCUGCUCUUCGCGCGGGCAGGCCCGCCGUGGCCUCCCGGCGCCCUGUGAUGGUCCGGGCCGCUGCUGUGGGAGGUAUCGCGGGGGAGGUGCCCGAUAUGAACAAGCGCAACAUCAUGAACCUCAUCCUGCUCGGCGGUGUGGCUACUCCCGCCACGGGCAUGCUGGGCGCCUACGCGGUGUUCUUCGUGCCCAAGUCGGCUGGCGGUGGUGCUGGUGGUCAGGUCGCUAAGGACGCGCUGGGCAACGACGUCAAGUCCAACGCCUGGCUGGCGACCCACGCUAAGGGCGAUCACAGCCUGGUGCAGGGCCUCAAGGGCGACCCCACCUACCUGGUGGUGACCCCCGAGGGCACGAUCGAGAACUACGGCAUCAACGCCGUGUGCACCCACCUGGGCUGCGUUGUGCCGUGGGUUGCGCAGCUUGGGCAGCAGCAGCAGCAGCAGCAGCAGCAGUGGUAUCAACAAGCCGAGAACAAGUUCAAGUGCCCGUGCCACGGCAGCCAGUACGACGCCACUGGCAAGAAGAUCCGCGGUCCUGCUCCUCUGUCGCUGGCUCUGGCCCAUGCGAACGUGGACGCCGCCGACAACGUUGUGCUCAGCACCUGGUCCGAGACUGACUUCCGCACCGACGAGGCCCCCUGGUGGAAGUAA